AUGCCAAAACCGACCUACGACCGCGCCGACGCCUCCGCGCUCCUCGACGAUCGCGGCUACAGUGGCGCCCUAAUCCGUGGUCAAAACCCGGCGUUGCUCUUUGAAAAAGGCGUCCGCGAGCGCAUCACAGAAUCCUACUACUGGAAAGAGCAGUGCUUCGGUCUCAACGCGGCAACACUCUGCGACCGCGCCGUCGAGUUGAAGUUCAUCGGUGGCACAUCAGGCAUAACAGGGCGGCCGACGCCGUUUUUGUGCUUGGCGUUCAAGAUGCUGCAGCUUGUGCCGGAGAGGGAUGUUGUGCUGGAGAUGCUCAACUUCUCUGGCGACGAUGAAGAACAAGUCGAGGAGGAUAAGAAAAUGGAAAAUGGGAGCGCCAACGGUGAUGCAGAGGAGAAGAAGCGCGAUCUGAAUGCUGAGGGCAAACUGGGCACAUUCAAGUACCUUCGCUGCUUGGCUGCGUUCUACAUCAGGCUUGCGUGGGACCCGGUCGAGAUCUACACUACGCUCGAGCCGCUGCUCACGGAUUAUCGAAAGAUCAAGAGGAGGUUGAAGGAGAACUUCAGUCUUACCUACGUCGACCAAUUUAUAGACGACCUGCUCACGAAGGAGCGCAUCUGUGCGACCAGUCUGUGGAAAUUGCCGAGCAGAGCGAAUCUGGAAGACCUGGACAUGCUGGAGCCGAGGGAAAGUCCGUUAAGCGACGAGGUGGAUCUAUUGGAUGAGGAAGACGAGAAG